UGCGUCUAAUGUUGUUUGUGUACUUCCUGGAGGAGCAGCCGUUGCAACAGCUCGCCUGUUGGUGAUAAACGCGAUGGAUUCAAUCACCAAAUAACCACAAACAAACUAGAUGACAACAUCAUUUGGUAAUUUAAAUUAGUAGUCGUUUUAUGUCCGCGUGACAGCGGGGCUUUAAAUCUGGUGUGUUGACACGUUAGCGACAGCGAGGAGCGGACGGCGUUAAGAAACAACUUGAAAACAUGAUGGCGUCUAGUUACAACGCCAAAGACGAGGAUGGACAUAUCUCUGUGUCCGGCGGCGGGACUCUGAGGAGCAAGAAGCCCGAAAACACUGCGUUCAAACAGCAGAGACUGCCCGCUUGGCAGCCCAUCCUCACCGCGGGCACCGUGCUCCCCGCCUUCUUCAUCAUCGGACUCCUCUUCAUCCCCAUCGGCAUCGGCCUGUUUGUAACGUCCAACAACAUCAAGGAGUUUGAAGUUGAUUACACGGGCGUUGACAUGUCCAGUCCCUGCUUCAACUGCUCCCAGAACUUCAGCUGGAACAGCACAAGGCCUUGUACCUGCACAAUACCUUUCUUCCUGGAUCAGCCGUAUGAGAGCAACGUCUACGUGUAUUACGGCCUCUCCAACUUCUACCAAAAUCACCGUCGCUACGUCAAGUCAAGAGACGACAGCCAGCUGAACGGAGACGCUGAUUCCCUCGUGGAACCCAGUAAGGAGUGUGAGCCGUACGCGCAUCAUGAAAACAAGCCUAUUGCACCGUGUGGGGCCAUCGCCAACAGCAUGUUCAACGACACAUUGGAGCUGUUUUACAACGACCCCAACGGCACAAAGAUCCCGAUUCCUCUGAACACGACGGGCAUCGCCUGGUGGACCGACAAGCAUGUGAAGUUCGGGAACCCUGGAGGCAUCAACCCGAACCUCACAGCUGUUUUUCAAGGCACAACGAAGCCGAUAAACUGGCGCCGGCCGGUCUACGAGCUGGACUCUGAUGAAGGGAACAACGGCUUCAUCAACGAGGACUUCAUCGUGUGGAUGAGAACCGCCGCGCUGCCGACCUUCCGCAAACUCUACCGCAUCAUCAACAAGAAAAGCAGCACGGUCGCGACUCUGCCUCGAGGAAACUACACUCUGGAGGUCGUCUACAAUUAUCCCGUUCGCAGCUUCGAGGGCAGGAAGCGGAUGAUCCUGAGCACCAUCUCCUGGAUGGGAGGCAAGAACCCGUUCCUGGGCAUCGCGUACAUCACCGUGGGCUCAGUCUGCUUCUUCCUCGGCGUCGUCCUGCUCAUCAUCCACCACAAAUGCGGAAACAGAAACGACAGCGCCGACAUUUCUAACUGAGGCGGCGGCCAAACCUCCAGCUCACCUGCGGCGGCGGCGAGCAGCGAUCCUGCCACACUUCUGUCGGGGGAAACUUUCCUCCAGAGCCAAGAUGAAUUUAAAAAUGUAAUGUUCACAAUAACUUCUUCAACAGCCAAACGUGUCUUCAAGGGUUUAAGACACGACGGCCGAUUAUUUGCCAACGUGAAUGAAAAAUAGCCAAAAAUGUGCAGCCAGUCGUCGUCAAACGUCUGUGAUGUCACGUGAGCGUAACCCUAACCCUAACCCUAACCCUAACCCUAACCCUUCUAGAGUACAAGAUGUGCUCAGAGGUCCUCGUUCUAAUCCUAAAGUUUUAAUGUGCUCUGUUGCUUCUGGACCUAAAGAGGAGUUCACUUUCUCACACAAAGAGGACGCAUUAAUCCAACGCUCUCGUGCCAUAUAUACAAAGAGACGCAGCGCGUCCUCUGCUCCUCAGAUGGGAAUACUUUCUGCUCUCUUUGUCUGAGAGUAAAUAGAAUAUAUUUGGAUUAUUGCUCCGACUGUACAAGACUUUAGGAGACGUCACCGGGGUUUCUGGGAAAUAAUAAAUCUGUUGAAUCAAUGAGGAAGUAAUAGUUUAGCUGCAGCUGCACAGAAGGAGUCGCUGCCCAACGAGAAGAGCAGGGAACAUGCAGCGUGUGAAUAUUGUAUUGAGAGAAUCUUUAAAGACGUAAACUUCUUGAAUUUGAAACCAACAAUAACUAAAUGAAGUAGAGCGGCACUCUGAGAGCCCCGAGGCCGCAAGAGUAACACGUGCGCCCCGUGAUUCUAAACCAAGCUGCAGACAUUAGUGAUUUAUUUCAUAGUUCUGCAGCAGAAUAUCUAUAAUAAUAAUAAUAAUAAUAAUAUAAUAUAAUAUAUCCUGGCAUUGCAGAGAAGACGCUGAAGAAGCAUCAUCACUUUUACAGAGAAUGUAAUUCAUCAGUAAUGAACCUUUGAGUCUUCUGCCCCUUGAGUCCUGUCCACUGUCAGUGGACGUCAGAUUUCCCGGUUGCUGGACUGUUGUAGGAUCUCUGAGCGUAAAGCAUUCAGCGCUUCAGGUGAGCCGGAGUGUCCUGGCUCCUGAGUUGCAUGCUGGGUAGCUGAGAUGUUAACGUGAUCAUUGAGCUGCUUCGGCGACUCGUCUUUGUGCCUCGUUUCGUCUGUGACUUCAGCCCACUUUCAAACUAAAAUCAUGCUUUUACCGAGUCGUGUAAAAAAUGUUCCAGGUGGGAGGGAACGCCACGUGUUUGGGAGCUGUGCAGUUAACACGUUUAUGUUUUUGUAUUUAUUUUUGGAGAAAUGUUUGCAUUGAGCAGUAUUUGCACGCCGUCCUCAGGGGUUUUGAGUCUAAACGUUUAAAAGGUUAAAAGGUUGCCGUCGUUCUUGGUUUGAGGAAGUGCAAGUUGUGAGUGUGUAAAUCUGUAAAAUGUACAUUAACGCGGUGUCGUGGCUUCAUUCAUCGUCGUUUACAUGCAAUAAUAAUACAAACGCAGCAUGAUGGAAGCGCACCGCAGUGAUUCAACACAUGGGAUAAAUGUUUCACGCACACAUCCUGCCACUCUCAGCUCUUCAGCAGCUGAAGUUCUCGUGAAUAUUGAUGCUGCAUGUUGAGAUGUGCUGAGUGGAAAUGUAUUUUAUUUAGGUUUAAUUCAUGUCAUCGAUAUAAGUUGAUGCACUAGAUGUGACAUUUCUUUUGAUACUCUGUCCGUGUUGUGUUGCUGCUUUAAAAUAAUAAAACUGUGGAUUUAAUUGAAA